AUGGUCCUGCUGUCAAACGUUUCUGACAGUUCGAUCGUCGAGAAUCUGCGCAAGCGAUAUUAUAACGACUCCAUAUUUACGUACAUUGGGCCAGUAUUGAUAUCGGUCAAUCCUUUCAAGCAGAUGAACUACUUUACAGACCGUGAGAUCGAAUUAUAUCAGGGAGCUAAUGCCUACGAAAACCCUCCUCACAUCUACGCCUUGGCCGACGACAUGUUCCGCAACAUGCUGGUCGACCAAGAGAAUCAUAGCGUGAUCAUCACGGGCGAAAGCGGUUCAGGAAAGACAGUAUGUGCCAAGUACAUUAUGGGUUAUUUGGCAAAAGUUUCCGGUGGCCGGGAGCAGGUUCAACACAUCAAGGACAUAAUCAUCGAAAGCAACCCGUUGCUGGAGGCAUUCGGCAAUGCGAAGACGGUGCGAAACAACAAUUCGAGCCGUUUCGGCAAGUACGUGGAGAUAUUUUUCAACCGGAGCAGCGAACCCGUAGGAGGACAGAUUUCGAAUUUUCUUCUAGAAAAGUCUCGCGUCGUGGCGCAGAAUGCCGAUGAACGAAACUUUCAUAUCUUUUACCAGAUAUGCGCCGGAAUCGACUCUGAGAAACGAAGGUACCUUGGUAUCACGGAUCCGGGUUACUAUUACUAUCUUAAUCAGAGCGAUGUUUCUGAAGUUACGAAUAUCGAUGACGCAGAAGAUUUCAAGUGCACGAUGAAAGCUAUGGCAGUGGUUGGCUUAUCUGAACAGGUGCGGAUGGAGAUUCUGAAACUGGUUGCCGCCGUUCUUCACAUCGGUAACAUCAGCUUCGUUGAGAAGGACAACUAUGCAGACGUCGCUAAUGCCGAAUUUCUCGAAUACCCGGCGUUUCUGCUGGACAUCGAUGCUGGACAAAUCCGACAGAAGCUGACCAGCCGCCGGCUCGAGUCUAAAUGGGGUAAGACCAGCGAUGUCAUCGACGUCAAGCUGAAUGUUGAACAGGCGAAUUACACGCGCGACGCAUUGGCGAAGGCGCUCUACGCGAGGUUGUUUGAUUUCCUUGUUGCCUCUGUUAAUAAGGCGAUGCAAAAAAAGCAGGCCGGUGCAUUGACGAUCGGCGUGCUUGACAUUUACGGCUUCGAAAUAUUUAAUGUGAACGGCUUCGAGCAGUUCUGCAUCAACUACGUCAACGAGAAACUGCAGCAAUUGUUCAUCGAACUGACUCUAAAAGCAGAACAAGAAGAAUAUAUGCAAGAAGGCAUUCAGUGGACCCCGAUAGACUAUUUUAAUAAUAAGGUCGUGUGCGAACUGAUCGAAGGUAGAAAUCCACCUGGGAUAUUCGGCAUCUUAGAUGAUACUUGUUUCCAAAUGCACGGACAGAGUGAAGGAACGGACUUAGCGUUCCUCAGACAUGUGUCCAGUCAUGACCACUACCAGUCGGCCGCUGACGGUUUCGCUGUGCGCCAUUACGCUGGCGUCGUUUCGUACAGCAUCGACGCUUUUUGUGACAAAAACAGGGAUCCACUGUUCCUGGACCUGGUUGAGUUGAUGCAGAGCAGCAGAAAGUACGUACGCCUGGACGACUUUCUUGAAGCUAUGCGUUGUUUUUUGUUUCGAAUUGUCGACAUGCCUCGUUUUAGCUCGUUUUUCGUUGAUCUCUUCCCAGAAAAUGUGCAUCGCGCGAUUAAGACACGACCAACUACACUUGGCGACAAGAUUAAGGUGCAAGCCAACGAAUUGCUUAGAUCCUUGAUGCAAUGCUAUCCGCAUUACAUUCGGUGCAUUACUCCAAACGACAACAAGAAGGCUUCUGACUGGAACGAAAUGAGGGUGCGACAUCAAGUCGAAUAUCUUGGCCUGAAGGAAAACAUACGCGUUCGAAGAGCCGGGUACGCAUAUCGCCGUUCGUUUGAAAAGUUUCUGCAAAGGUACGGUAUAUUGCUUCACAGAGUAAAGCAGAAUAGGCGCAAGGACGUCCGCGAAUCGAUUAUAGAAAUACUGAACAGUGUAAAUAUCGAUCCAGGACAGUUUCAGUUGGGUCACUCGAAGAUUUUUAUCAGAACUCCCGAAGCGGUAUGUUAUAUGACAUUGUGCAUCGUUAUUUCACUCGUGGUUGGUGUUGUUAAUAAUUUGAGCGAUUCCUAA